AAUCAACGAGCGCAUGCGUACUUAUAGUUCCUGACGUCAUUUUCCGACAUACUGAAAAACUUUUUGUGAAUUUUCGCUUAGACAAAACAGGAAUCCCGGAGUUACAUAUUUAGUAGGAAGAACAUUAAUAAGUGUAAGGUGUGUCUAUUAUACCCAUGUAAACUUUUGGUUAGGAAUCGCACGUCAAGAUGAAUGGUCUUUCUUUAGGUGAGUUGUGUUCUCUGUUCUGUUGUCCUCCAUGUCCAUCCAAAAUCGCAGCAAAACUUGCCUUCCUCCCUCCAGAACCAACGUAUUUGUUCAUAUCAGAUGAGGCAGGAUCGAAGUUCAGUCUACACCUAACUGAUCGAGCAGAGUGGCAGUACACACAAAGAGAAUUAGACUUUAUUGAAGUUUUCAAAGCCAGAACGUCCAAAAACAAUCACAUCGCUUGUGCAUAUAUACGCUGUUCACCAACUGCAAAGUAUACACUGCUAUUCAGUCAUGGAAAUGCUGUUGAUCUGGGACAAAUGGCAAGUUUUUAUAUUGGACUAGGAUCACGAUUAAACUGCAAUAUAUUCAGUUAUGAUUACUCUGGUUACGGAGUUAGCUCAGGGAAGCAAUCAGAAAAGAAUAUGUAUGCCGAUAUAGAGGCAGCAUGGAAUUCUUUACGCACACGCUAUGGCAUCAGUCCAGAACAUAUUAUACUUUAUGGACAAAGUAUCGGCACAGUACCAACUAUAGACUUAGCAUCACGGUAUGAGGUCGGUGCCGUCAUACUUCACUCCCCCCUGAUGUCAGGAAUGAGAGUGGCUUUCCCAGAAACAAAAAGAACGUGGUUCUUUGAUGCAUUCCCGAGCAUCGACAAGGUUCCAAAGAUAACAUCACCAGUCUUGGUGAUCCAUGGUACAGAAGAUGAAGUUAUAGACUUCUCUCAUGGUCUCGCAAUCUAUGAGAAAUGCCCACGGACAGUCGAGCCAUUGUGGGUUGAAGGGGCGGGGCAUAAUGAUGUUGAACUUUAUGGACAAUACCUAGAACGCCUGAAGGGAUUCCUUACUGGAGACCUGACUUCAUAACAAACAUGGAACAUAGGAGAAUCUUAUUCAUAUAGGAUCUGCAUUGAAAGCUUGCGAUCUGCUAGAUCAAGGAGAGAAUCAAUACAUGUAUUUAGAAUAUUUUUACAAAUCCUGAGUCCUAACAGUAUGUUAGGUUCUACCAAGUUAGAGCUCACAAGGGACAGAUCAAAUCUUAAAGUGUGAUGGAUUUAAUGGCAACUCCACAUUCAGAAUUACUUUAUUUAUAAACAGUGUGGAUUUUCUGUACCUCAUGUAAAUAUACCAAAUUUUAGAUGUACAGUGAAACCUGCAAAGUGGAUCACUUCUAGAAGUGGAACAGCUCUCUUAGUAGAACAGAGUUCUUAGACCAACUGACUUUGUUUAAAAACAAACCUC